AUGGCAAACAACGCACGCCCAGCGCUGCGACUAUUGAGUUUGUUAGUGCUGCUGUUGGCUCUGGUGGUGGCUCAAGUGAUUGAAAACCCGCCCUCAGAACAUGCAGGAGCUCAAGAGCACGGGGGUGCUGAAGGUAAAGAAGGAGAAGGGGAGAUUGAACCGGAUAGUGGCCGAGUUGGGGUCGUGGCGGCGGUGACUAUCUCGACGCUUGUAGCUAUCUCCAUCCUAUUCGAGAUCUGUACGGAGGAGCUGAGGGAACACACAGACGAGCUCAACAUGCCCUUCGUCAACACAGUCUUCGGAGAGCUCACGACACUGGGCUUCAUCGGUUUGCUGCUCUUUGUUGUCACCAAGAUCGAGGUGCUGCCGUGGCUCUCCAGGGCUGUACUUGGAGGUAGCGCGGAGUUACAGGAGAUCAUCGAGAAGCUGCACAUGGCGUUGUUCCUCUUCAUCGUCAUCUUUCUCGUGCUCUGUCUCGGACUACUACGGCUCGGAAUGCACGUGCAGCACGAGUGGCGAGAGUUCGAGCGCAGCUGUGCCGAUAUUCCUUCCGUCCUCUCAGAGUACGCACUCGCCUCAGAACCACCCAAGACGUGGCUGGAACGAUUCUCGUGGCGUCGAGUUGCCACAGCGAGGAAAGCGGAGCGAGAAGUGGUCUACCUGGCACUUCGACGCCGCUUCAUGGACUACCGCUCCAACCACCCCGACGAGGAGACAGCACGACAAUUGGCUAAGGAAUUCCAACUCCAGGGAGACGAUUCUCGGUUCCCUUUCAAUGAGUAUCUCUCCAUCAUCUCGGGUGAAGUCAUGGGUAGACUAAUUCAGAUCGAUAUGGCUACAUGGCUUGCUCUUGACGUCGUCUUGGUGGCUCUUCUUGGUCUCUGCUGGCACGCUGGACCUCGGGGAGAAGUAGCCAUUCUCCUUAUCGCUGGGUUCUCGCUUAUUGCGUUGAACGAUUUCGUCUACCGAAGAGUGAAUGCGAUGAGGUGCUUACUUACCCCUCCACGACUGCAACACGACGCCGAGAGAUUGCGGCGCAAGGCUGCGUGGCGCAUCCAGCACGGAUUAGCCUCCUAUCCAGAAGCUGAAAUAUCUCCACAUUCCAACGAGAAAACGUGGCUACUGGCCGAUUCUGAGGAACUCGGCAAAGACUACGGCGACCCCGAUGGCUGGGUACCUCCCUACGUCGAGCUCCUCCCCAACGGUGGGCGUGAUCUUCCUGAAAAAGAACUUAAACGACGCCAGCGAAGCAUCAUUGGUAGUGGAUGGGGCAACGGAGUCGUACUGGCACUCUUUUCAACUAGAAUGGUCUUUCUCCUCACUGCGCUGCAUCUCUCAACUUUUUUACUGCGUGAAACGUACCAGAUCUCGGAGCUUUUCGGUGACCAUCCAGUAUUUGCUGCUCUACUGUGCUUUCUCUUCUUGAUCCCAAGUAUUGCAGUGCCAUUCAUGUCCACUCGCAUUGCACGCGAUGGACUGUUGGCUUUCAAUGUGGAGCACAUGAAAGUCUCUCAGGUUAUCGUUCAAGUGUCACGUCUUCUUCGCGCUCGACAGACACUGAGAACUCUACGCUUCGUCGCUGAAAUGAAGAUCCAUCUUCGAGAAAAUGUUCGUCGCAAUGACCAGCAACUCAAGGAAAAUAUCGCGUUGAUGCCUGAAGUUCCCAUGCCAGUCAGUCGCAGACGUUCCAGUAUCAUGCCUAUCGAUGCCAGCGCCACAUUUAAAGCGGCUCGUCGUCGUUCUUCAACGCAUCUCGAUCCGACUGUCACUGCUGGGGUGUUACGCUCUAUCCAACAGGUUCCGCCACCAUUCACUGUAUCUCCAAAGGCUACAAUUGAACCACCUUUGUCUCCAUUGGCAGCGUAUCUUACUCCCAGAGAGAAGCGAGGCGACGCAUACCGUCGAGAGAUGGAGAGACGAGAAAUUCACACUAUUUUUUGUCUCUUUGAUGUGGACGGCUCAGGGUCAGUGUCGAGAGAUGAGAUGGCCAGCCUUUUACUAGCUAUUACGCACGACUUGGACGACAUGCAGCUCAAUCGCUUAAUGACGGAUCUGGUAGCGGAGGAGCUAGAAAGCGACAGUGAUGCAGGUAAAGACGACGUUAUGGUCGAAGGUCCACAGGAAAUCACGUUCGAGGCUUUUUACAAAUGGUGCAGCGCGAGAAUUCAAGAGAGUCGCCACUCCAAAGAGGAACUCGUUGAAGAGAUUUUCCGUAUGGUUGACGCUGAUGGCAGCGGAACCAUAUCGGUGGACGAGUUUGUCUCAAUUUUUAAGACUUUGGGCCAAGCGCUAGACCACGACGAUGUGCGCGAACUGGUUUACCAGAUGGACCGCAACGGAGACGGCAAGAUCGACCUCGAAGAGUUCAGUAAGAUGCUACAGAAGCACGAGGUUUAGCAAUGCGAAGAGAAUAUAACACUGGGCUGUCAAAUAUAACGAUAAAUCAGUAUUCAC